AGAGGAAUGGCAUUCAUGGGUGUUGUCUACGAAGGAAGCCUUUCCUAAAGCCCAUGCACAAGAAAUCCCACCUAGAAUUUGCCAGGGCCCAUGCUGAAAAAGAAGACUACUGGGACUCUGUACUCUGGAGUGAUGAGACCAAGACAAAGGUUUCUGGAACUGAUGGAUUCAAAACUGUAUGGCGUCACAAAUGUGAGGAGUACAAAGAAAAAUGCAUCGUGCCUACAUGGUGGUGGCAGUGUCUUUCUGUGGGGCUGCAUGAGUCCUGCUGGUGUCAGGGAGCUGCA